AUGUACACCAUGCAAAGAACAGCAGCAGCAGCAGCAGAAGAAGAGCAAGAAAUGAAUCGGUCCGUACCUUUUUCCUGUGCUCUCUAAAGUGAGACAGUCACACCAUCCAUUAUUCUACUGCUUCAUGGGCCAUGAGUUUUCUCUUCGGCUAUUCUUAUUCGGUUUGCUGUUCCUCCACUUGUUUCCACCACUCGAAAAAGCAGGAAGCAAAGAGGCAUAUCGUCAGUCUGUGUCUCACCUUCUUCUCUAAGUUUCUUCUCUGUUACCAGAAGAAACAGGAGGAGGGUUUAAAAGAAGGCAGACAGGUAAGAGGGAGGAGAGAAGAGAAGCAAUGGAGAAAGGAGGAGAGAGGUUAGUGGGAAGAUCCCACUUCUCACUCACAUGCAGACUCUUGAGCCAGUACUUGAAGAAGAAUGGCAGCUUUGGUGACCUUGGUCUUCUGCUGGCUCCAAGACCAAUUGACCACCAAGCUAAAGGGAAUUUUUGGGUACCCAACACCAUCUGCUUCAAACCAGGAAAUGAAGUCUCAGGAAUGGAUCAUCACCAUGCUGACAAAAGUACAGAUAAAAAUGCUUCAAAUUCUCCGGAGCUGAUGGUUUCCCAGCACUCCAUCAGCCUUAACUCUUCUGCCAUUCCGAGAACAGAGGAAUCUACCAAACCUUCGGAUGCUAAGGAGAUCGGGAAGGACCAGUUGACGAUCUUCUACGGCGGACAGAUUCUGGUGUUCGACAAUUUCCCCGCAGACAAGGCCAAAGAUCUGCUGCUCAUGGCGAGCAAAGAGAGCAUUGCAGAUCCUGCAGCUGACUGCACCUCGAAUGAACCGGCGGUGGCGCUGCAGAGUAGUCUGCCGGAGCCCGGCCAGGCUAAUUCUUCCGACAUGCCCAUAGCGAGGAGGAACUCCCUCAACCGAUUCCUUGGGAAGAGGAAGGACCGGAUGGGCCAAGCACCAUAUCAAGUCCAUGGUGGAUCAGCAGGGCCGGCGGCGGCAAAGCCAGCGGAGAACCAGCCAUGGCUCAGCUUGGGUCCUAAACCAGAAAGCAGUUCUCAGAGUAGCAGAUAGCUUGAGAUCAAGACGUUGAUUUGUAGGCACUGUUCCCCUGCAUCCUGCUUGGUUGAGACCAAGACAUGCCUGGGGAUGUGCAAGUAGUCCUCCCAUUGUUUCUUACGAUGCUGCUAUAUGUUAAGACCUUCUUUUGGUACAUCGUCUUCUUCUCUCUGCUUGA